AUGGACAUGCUCUUCCAUGAUGAGGGGGAACCUGUCCGCCAGCCUAUCCAGCCUUCUACUUUGCCAUCCCUGAUCUUCACGUGGGUUUUCCCUCGCGUAACACAAAAUCGUAGAUGGCAAAAGUGCGGUGCAGUUACUGGCCACGGUUCGACCCUUGCCAAGAAUAACACUGAUGGAUCAUCUUUCAACUACACCCGAUGGAGCAAGAGCAUAGAGAAGAGCAGCAGCGCGAUAACGGCCUCUCUUGAUGACAGAGAUAUCGACUCCAUGCACACUGACGUUUGA